UAUAAAUCGCUUCAUGAGGGACCAAAAAGUGUUUGUUGAUUGCGGUAUGGGUCACGCGGUAGUACUGUGACACUGCUGGGUUUCUGUUGAUUUCUGAGGUGCUCAGACAUGCUAUAGCUUCGGGACAACACAAACUAAAGGCUAAUUGUCGAGGAACAGGUCCUGUAACCCCGAUGGAAAGUACCACUGACAGUUUUGACUAAUAAGGGUUUAUCUCUAAGAAUAUCUAUAAGAGACAACAGUCAGUUUGUAAGAAUGGCUAACAACAACAGAGAUGUCCAGGAGAGCACCCCGCUUUUGGACUCUGACACCAGCAGACCCAGUCCACCCUCAGUUUUCCAGGGGAGAAGACUGGCGUGUGCUGCUAUACUUCUGGCUGAAUCUUUAGAAAGGAUUGCAUUUUAUGGCAUCACAUCAAAUCUGGUUUUAUUUCUCAAUAAGAAUCCAUUUUAUUGGCAGGCGACCCAAGCUACUCAGGCUCUUCUAAUGUUUAUGGGUGUCACCUACCUGAUAUCGCCUUUUGGAGGGUGGUUGGCUGAUGCUUAUCUCGGAAAGUUUUGGACAAUUGCAGCUAGUUUGAUACUCUACUUCAUUGGAAUGCUAUUUUUCCCUUUUAUCGCAAAUGAAGAUACUAGAACUGGCUUUUGUGGCCCAGAAAAGGCCUUCCCAGUCCAGCCUGCUGAGUGUUUGAGCACAAAUGGUACCCUACCAAGCAACGUUACCUGCCUUGUCCGUGACCCCUACUGUGCCCCAGUUCUGUAUACUGGACUUAUUCUGAUUGCUUUGGGUGUGGGCACCGUCAAGUCAAAUAUUACUCCGUUUGGAGCUGACCAGGUGAAAGACCGAGGCCCAGAAGCAACACGCAGAUUCUUCAACUGGUUUUACUGGUGCAUAAACCUGGGAGCCAUUCUGUCUCUGGGAUGUGUGGCCUACAUCCAGCAGAACAAUAGCUUUGAGGCUGGCUACAUUAUUCCCACAGUGUGUCUGGGAAUUUCUUUUAUUGUCUUCUUACUUGGUCGUACUGUGUUUAUCACAAAACCAGCUGAUGGCAGCGCCUUCACAAAUAUGUUCAAAAUUUUGGGUUUCGCCUGCUGUUCUCAAAAACCCAAAGAGACAAACCAGCUUCGCAACAAACCUUCAUUACUGGACAGUGCCAAAGUGACAUAUGGGGGGAAAUUUCCUGAGGACAAAGUUGAGGAAGUGAAAGCUCUGAUGAAAAUCCUCCCAGUUUUCUUUGCUCUCAUCCCAUACUGGACUGUCUAUUUCCAGAUGCAGACAACUUACAUCCUGCAGAGCCUCCAUCUGAAGAUUCCUUAUAUUUCCUCUCCCAACAGCACUGCAGACCCAAACAAGAUAAUAUUCCGGUUCCCUGCAGCCUGGCUCACUAUGUUUGAUGCAGUGCUCAUCCUUCUGCUGAUCCCCCUUAAGGACAGAGUGGUGGAUCCCAUGCUGAAACGGCGCGGCCUGCUGCCCUCCUCGCUCAAGAGGAUCGCAGUGGGAAUGUUCUUUGUCAUGUGGUCUGCUGUGGCGGCCGGAAUUUUGGAAACCAGGCGUCUGGAGAUGGUUAAAACAAAUGGUACUAUUGACCAGGUGUUUGGUGACGUGACUUACUUUGCUGCAGAUUUGUCAAUAUGGUUUCAAGUGCCUCAGUAUGUCCUCAUUGGAAUCAGUGAAAUCUUUGCCAGCAUUGCAGGUUUGGAGUUUGCUUAUUCUGCUGCCCCAAAGUCCAUGCAGAGUGCCAUCAUGGGACUGUUCUUCUUCUUCUCUGGAAUUGGCUCAUUUGUCGGCUCUGGGUUGUUGGCUAUUGUCUCCCUGCCUGGAAUUGGAUGGAUGUCCUCCCGCAAAGACUUCGGUAAUAUUAAUGACUGCUCCCUGCAUUACUACUUCUUCCUGCUGGCGGGGAUCCAGGGCCUGACUCUGUUGGUCUUCCUCAUCGUCUCGGUCAAAUACGAACGUCAGAAGGGUCGAUCCGGGAGCAGACGACAGAGCCACAUCUCUUCAUGACCCCAACACACAAAACCUGUCACCACACAUGCCUUUUCUACUCCCAAAGACUGUUUUUGUGAAGGUACUAGCACAUUAACAUACUGUAAAAGAAUGACUCCCAAGAAAUUUAAAUAUUAUGUCUUUCUGUGAGGGGGAGCUUUGUCACUUUUAUAAUAAUGAUGGUUUUACAGACAGAGGCCUCUUAUAGACAGUGUUUUAUGAUGUAUUACUUUUUGUGGUUGCCUUUUAACCUUUUGCACUUGAGAUGAGGCAUUGCAGCCAGUCAUGCUCCAGUAUUCAGUAUUUUCUGACAAAGACAAUGGUAAUUUUAAUGGUUACCUUAAGAUGCUAGACUUGUUUUGUAUCAUUAGGUUAACAAAUGACUCUUAGGGGUCAGUUAAUUUGUUGUUAUACUUUAUGGGCACGUGUAAGCACUGAGAAGGCCAUUAUGUUCAACCACUAAGUCUUGAGAUCGAAACUGAUUUUUUAAACUUGCAAUAUAUUUUUAUUAGAGGGAUAUAUUUGAAUCAUUACAUUGAUAUCUUUAUCUUGUCAUUUCAACUCAUUGACUUUUAGAUAAUAUGGCCUACUUAAAGUGUACAUUCAAUUGAUGUUUUAAGAAUUUGGUCAGUUUAUAUUUUUUUAUAUUUUGAUGACAGAUGUCCAAGCUACCAUCAUUUACAUAUAUUCGCAAUAAUUAUAAAGACUCAAUGAAUAUAUGUAAAAUAUAACUAAUACAUACACUCUAAGCAUCAGCCAUUAAGUCAAGUAGGCCAUUAUGUAUAGUGAGACAUUUUCCAAAAAUACUUUAGCUGGAAGAAUGUAUUUAUCUUUAGGUCAAACAGAAAAGCCACUGACUCCAUGAAAAACAGCUACUGGUAAUUAGUAACACACUCUGACCUCAACAAGCAGCAUUGAAUAUUGCUCUUAAAAUAUCCAUUUAUUUUGUGUUUUAUCUUAUUAGAGAAGUCAUCAGAAAAUCAUGACUGUAAAUAUGAUUACAUAUUCAUCUAUUGUAAAAUAUUUAAUGUGUAAUUUCAACAUACUGUGAUAUUUUUUUCUUGGAAAAAUCUCACUUUUUACUCUACAGAUUAGCUUCAUAUAUACAGACAAAACUCAGGACUUGGAAUUAUGCUUAAAAAAAUCUUCAUUUUAAUGUGGUCUGCUGUGGUAUAAAGACACAUUUCCCUUAUAUAUGACACUUGAUUUUAUUGUUGAAUUGGGUGAAUGCUUUGCUGUCUGUUUUAUAUAUGUAAGUUGCACUUGAUUUGUUUGUUAAGAGAUUCAGUUUUAUUUCUGUUCCCAACUCUACAUAGUUUCAAACAUGUUGGAGAUUUAUUUGUGCCUAUUAAAGUUUAUUAAAAUGAGA